AUGACCGAGGAGAGCUGGAAUCUUUUGGAUUCCAUUGAGUCUAUCACUCCACAUUCAGAUGAGUGGACGGCUGCUGCAAAUGACGUUGCCAAUCAGGAGACGGGAACUUGGACCCAAAACUACUCUAGAGGAAACCCACGAGAUGUAGUGGACCACUUGAUAGCGACAACUGCAACAGCUCCAACAAACAUUGACAUUUUGUUUGGAAGAGGCACGGGAAACCAUAGUCAUCCCGGAAAUGUGAUUCUUCGCAUGGAAGUCGAGAUCUAUUUCUACCACCACAGCAGCUUAAGUAAACCAGAAAAAACUCUAUUCAUCCAUGAGUGGAUUAAAAUUCUACGGUCUCGAGGCAUCCGAUUCCUCAGACGAGACGAAAAGGGGGACCGCUGGCAUAAGGUGAAGGAAGAUGAAAUCAAGAGUAAACUGGCCCAUUGCUUUCGAACGGUCAGGAAAAGGAGGAAUAAGCCUGCAAAGGAGCCAAUAAAUGGAACCAGGCAGGCCAGCAAGCAAGUCUGCAAACAGCCAAGAAGCCAAGAAAUGGAACCAAGCACCAAUUGA